UUUAAAAUGAAUUUGUUUUGCUCUUUUUCCUUUUCGAAUUCUAGUUUUUGUGAUUCUAAUUCCAGCUUUUUUGAUUGAAUUUCAAAUAAUAAUGCAAAUGGGUUUGAGUUUUGAGGCCUUUUCAAAUUUCUUUUUGGUGUAGUGGUAUUUUGCGUACAAGCACUUGUUGCGAUGGACAGGGCGGACGGACUUGCUACACUCUCUGAUGUAGAAGGAAGCACCACAGUCGGACGGACUUUCAGGUAAACUUGUUGAAAAUGUUUCGCCAUCACUUUCCAUCAACGCAUCUACUUCAAAAGUAUCCAACAAUGACACUGGCAUAGUAGAUUGAUAGAUAGCUGGCGGCUGCACAUUUACACGAUGACCAAAUAUUGCGUACAAGUCAUCAUAGAAUGGACACAUUUUUUUAAUGUAAACUUCAACGCUUUUUACAUCUCCACUUUCUAGCAAUCCUGCACCUGUUUGACCCUUCCAUUUCAGUGCGGACGAAAAACUUGUUUUUAGGUGCCUCAUUUUUGUGCGCAUAACAUCCCAUUUGAUGCUGUUCAAAGUAUUUUUGAGCAGUUGGUUUCUACAAUACAUAUGUAAGUUCACUAAAUGUUAAACACCCUCUUAUUGGAAAUAGGAAACAUAUUACCUCGAACUGUUCCGGAUUAGCUUUUACAUUUUCUACGAUAAUGUUGAGUAAAUCUUUAGUUUGUCGUUCUAUCCAACGAGAAGUUCCAUUUAUGCGCGAACGUUUUUUCUAUAAAUACAUGUACACAUGUGUCACAGACAAUUGAAAGUUAGAGAAAAAUAAUAGUACAUAAAAGUUAAAUAUACUUACUUUUUCCAUUUUAUAAGAACUUUGUUUGAUCUGUUUUAAUGAUCAGCUGAUAUUUAUAUGCCACAAAUUGCCAUGGAUGCCAUUUAGAAUUGGCUCGCAUAGUUGCCAUUAUGUUGCAAACGAAAUUGCAUACAAAAAUGAACAGAUGAGUUGCGACUUUGCCAUUUCGCGACGUUUGCAACAAAUGCAAUAUAUUUGCUACAAUAAAUGAGUACCAUUAUAAUAAACAUAUUUACUUAGGUUUGGGCAAUUGAUUACAAAUGCACAUGUGCACUUGAAAACAACCCAAACCAAGCAACAUAAAAUAUACACACACACACACACAUCUAUUGUAUUGUAUAGUUGAAAACAACCCCAUGUGGUGUGCUGUAAAUAUAUAUUUAAUUAGAUAAGUUAGACUUCUAAAAUAGUAUAUAAGGUUUACGAAUUUAAAAAUAAAAUCAGAAUGAAAUAUUCUCUGCUCGACUAAAGCCUUUUUUGAAAUCCCUCCACCAGCGGUAAGGUAGACAAAAAUCUUUGUUGAGUUAUAAACAGGUAUAAAGUCAACUUUUUGUUGGAAAAUCUUUCUAUUAGGUAUAUAUUAGACAUAAGUGACUACUAUUAUAAAAAAGGAUUCUCUCUGAAUUUAUUUAAUGGGCCUAAUCAUUGAAUCCGUUUCGAUCGAAAUAUGGUUCGAUAUGAUCGAAAAAAUUUGCAUUGAAAUCAUUGAAACCGUAUCGAAAAUAAAAUUUUCGAUCGAAGUGAACUCACUUACCGACUUGAUAAAAUGCUUUCCGCCGCACAUAGAUGUCGCUAAUUUCGAAAUCAUUGACACCGCAAUAUCGAAAAUUUGUGUCGAAAUCAAUCCGUUGGUGAGUGCGUUGCGGAAUUCUUACAAAAAUGGAUAAUUUAGAUAAGAGACAAAAACACACCAACAAAAAACAAUUUGAAGUGUUAGUAAGUGAAAUGAAGCUGCACCCCGACAUAGCGAAAGGAUUUUCGCAAAGAGCACCAGGCGAAUUGAAUCAUUUUUGGGAAGAAAUUUCAAACAAAUUAAACGCAGUAGGUCCCCCAAUCAAGGACAGAACUGGAUGGAAGAAGGUUUGGACAGAUUUCAAGUUUGCGACGAAGAAAAAAAUGGUCAAAAAUGCAAAGCAAAUUUCAGGAACAGGAGGUGGGCCCUUCAGCCAAAUUUCUUUAAGUGCACUGGAAGAGGAAGUGAGUGUUAUUCUAUCACUCAAUGCAUCAGUGGAGGGAUUAAAGGGCAUUACAAGUUUUGGAUGCUCAAAAGAAAAUAUUCCGGAAGAAAUACCAACAACAAGUACUUCCCGCAAAAGACCGGUUGAGUCAAUUUAUUCCCAGCCUGACAUUGACUUGAUUGAAACGUCAUAUAUGACUCCUGGCCAGACCAUAGAAUCUAAUGCAGAUGCUGAUGUGUUCUGUACCCCACAUAAAAAGAGUAAAAUAAACAAAAUGGGUCUUCUUACAGAACAAAUAAAUAUUCAAAAAAAGAUGGAGGAAAAUGUAUCUAAAUUGUUAGCCACGCUCAUUAAACAUCAAAAAGACUAUAUCCAAGAACAGUCCGACACAAACAGGUGGCUUAGGAAACUAAGUGAAAAUGAGAAGGAUAAAUUGAAAGAAAUGAAGCGACAUAAUGCUGUCAUGGAAAAAUAGCCUUUGAUAAAUUGGAAACCAAAAAAAAAAAUUCUAGAACUGGAUCUUGAACAUUUAAAUAAUCCAUAAGUUUUUAUUAUUAAUUCAAAAUAUUUACAUUUUAAUGAAUUUUUACGUUUUUUAACUUAGUUUUAAUAAAAAUGAACUCAACAUAUUUAGUUAUAUAUGAACUUAUACUAAAACAUAUCUAAAAAAGUUUCUCUUAUUCUAUUUGCUUCGUCGGUAGGCAUAUCAUUUAAAUCAUUGUCAUCAUUGUUUGAAUAUUCAUUUUCAGAUAUAUCCAGGUGUGGCUCAUUAAAAUUUUCGUUAGAAUUAAAAUGCAAACGAAUAUUAUGCAAUUUUCGGAGAAAGAGAACCUUGUCUCUUAUCAUUUCCACAUACAUUUUCGUAUUCCUCUAAAAUGUAUAUAAAUGUAUAAAAAUAAUAAUGCGAAAAUUUUUGAAGAAACUGUAAAUGUAUAUGCAUGCAAACAAAGUUAUCUAUGUCGUUUUUAGCUUAAAUACUCACUUAUAAUCAUCCAUUUCCAAUAUGUCUUUUGAAUUAUUCCGCAAAUUUCUGCGCUCGCGACGAAUUUGUAUACAAUUUUCAUCCUCAUUAUCGCUAUCACUUAAAUGUAACAUGAUUGUAUCCAUUUCAAAUAUUUAUAUAAACGAAGCAAAAGCCCAGCCAAUUUAAUUUUUCAAACUUGUCAAAUUUACCGUCGAUAAUGUAGUUUGACAUUUGUGUUUUUUGAUAAAGCAGUUUAUCGACGGAAUGAAUGAUUGCAUGAAAAUUUUCGAUCGAAAAUCUGUAUCGUAUCGAAAUCGAAUUCGUUGCGGAUUCAAUGAUUAGGCCCAAUAUAUCUCACGGAUUGAUCGAGUUCGCAAGUUGAACUCUGAUACAUAUAUUCGGAGGCUUAAAUAGAAUAGAUACCAAUUUGGAUUGUAAUACAUAAUUUUGUUGAAUAAUAAAUCUUGAAUUCUUUCGUUCGUACCUGAAGGUAUUUCCACGGCUUUGAUUCUUGCAAUUUGCAAGGGCAUAAAAUGUUCAGUUACACCCGAACUUAGCCCUUUCUUAUUUGUUUAAAAUUAUAGUUAUUGCAAAAGUCGUUUAGGUAUUUUAUUAUUAGUUUACCCAAAACUUAACUAAGCAUCAUUAAUAAUAUAACAUAUUAAAUUAUAAUGUCUUUUGUCUUGAAAUCUCAGUUUUAAG